AAUCUAAGUCAGCAUUAGCUACAGAACUUUACAACUCCAAGUACUACAUCAAUCUACAAUACAACGCGAGCUAUGAAGACUUUCAUUUUCUUACUGGCAUUGGCAGUGGCUACUCCCGCCUGGGCACGCAAGAUGGAUCGCUGCUCCUUGGCACGCGAAAUGUCCAAUCUGGGCGUGCCACGUGAUCAGCUGGCCCGCUGGACUUGCAUUGCGGAGCAUGAGAGCUCCUAUCGCACCGACGUUGUGGGUCCCGCCAACUCGGACGGCUCCAAUGACUAUGGCAUCUUCCAGAUCAACGAUCGCUACUGGUGCCAGCCACCCAGUGGCAAGCACUCGAGCAAUGGCUGCCACCUGAACUGCAAGGAGCUGCUGGAGAACGCCAUCAACAAGUCGGUGAAGUGCGCUCGGCAGGUGCUCAAGGAGCAGGGCUGGUCUGCCUGGUCCACCUGGAAGUUCUGCAAUGGCAAUCUGCCCAGCAUUGAUCCCUGCUUCAAGUAAAAUUGUGAACAACUGACCAAAGACACUUGAAUAAAGCCAAACACAGCUUGUAUAACAG